GAGUAUUUUUGCAGUAUUACACAGCCCUUAGAGGUUGAAAUUAAAAGCUAGAUUUAUAAACUUUAACACAAUCCAAUUAUAAACUUUAAAGUUAAAAACGCACACAAAUAUGAAUUAAAAACAUCAAUAGAAGCAAUUGACAGAUUAAAAAGGAAAGAGUAGAAAUAGCAGAGAAGUAAUCCUGUUAUCUAAACCAAGGGAAUAGAAUUUUAAAAUAAAUGUUCACAUGAAUAAAAGAUGUCAGGAGAUCUUCUAACCCUAUUCCUGGUUUUAGGAUCCACUUUUCUAGUGGCUGAAGGAGGAUUAGGGACUUCCUGCAACAAUCAUGGCGUACAAGAUAUUGGGACGUGUGACGUGCCUGACUCUUACUGUGGACCAAUAGGGAGUUGCGUCUGUUUGGAGGGUUACUCAGCCAACAGUGACAACACAGCGUGCGAAAGUUACUUCAACUGCUUAAAUGAUGGUUGCAAAAAUGGUGCUGAAUGUGUAAGUGCCACAGGUGCAUGCCAAUGUGGAGCAAACCAAGCUGGAUUUGAUUGUGCAGUAGAUACAACUGGAGAUGCUACAGCUGAUCUUACAACAUCAGGUUGUGAAACAUGCAACACAACAGGGACCUUUAUGUGUUCGCCCUCUAUAUCCGCAUGUUACUGCAAGUAUGGAUACACUGGGAGCACAUGCACUGAUCCAAGAGUUGUAGUUGAGGUGUGUGACAAUGAUUCUAUGAAAGUCAAUGUGCAACCCUACAUUAAUACUGCCUCUUUUAAUGGGCUGAUAUACAUAUAUGGGAAGAAAGAUGAUGCAAACUGUGCUAUAACUCAGACUGGUGAUAUAUACUCAACUCCUGAUUUUCAAUUUGCUGACUGUGCCAGAAAGGUAGAAAAUAACCAGGAUGUACAUCAAAUUGUGGACAUUGUAGUACAAACUAAUGAGGAUUACCUCACAUCACAUAACAUUAUACAUCAGGCAAAAUGUAUCUUGUUGGCAAAUGGCAACUUCGUAACAGAGCACAUAACUGCGGUUGACCCACUCAGAGACUUGAAUAAAGGAAGUGAAGUGUCGGAUCGUGAAACUGCAAUUGACAUGGUAAUCGAAGGGGUAGAAGUUGAAGAUGGCUCAAAUACAUAUCAGCUAGGAACUGAAUUAACAGUCAAAUUUACCCUUCACAAUACAGAUGAUUUUAAGGCAUUUAAGGUGACACAAAUGUCUACUAGAAGUUCUACAGACGAACAACUAAUCAAAGAACUAAUAGCAGGAAGGUGUCCCGAUCCUGACAGCAAUGACGUGCUCCAGCCUAACCCCAUAGAUAUAUCUAACUACGAUCCAGAUGAUAUAGCAAACAAAAAUAUUAUUCAAGUUAAGAUUUAUGCACACAAGUUCUCGGGAUCUGAUGGUGUUAAAGUGACAGCGCGUGCACUAGCUUGUACCAAUAGAACAGUUUGUGAAGAGCCUUCUCCAGACUGUAAUCCACAUACGAGAAGACGACGUACCACUUCGGAAAAGGAGAAUGAAUUCACAAUGGAGAAAACUAUUAAAGUCAUCGACACUGUGAAUAAUGGAAUAGGGACUGAAGGCGGUCAAAGUGGUAAUGUGAUGACCAGCCAGUGCAAAUCAAGUCCUGAGUACAUAUCAACUGUUACGAUCCUGGCUGGCUUAUUGGCUCUGACAUACUUUGCCUUGAUAAUAUUUUGUUUGUGCCUACGAAGGCAUCGUCGUAAGAAACAUAAUUCCAAGACAACGGCAGAAAAGCUUGACUAUCACGAGAAUGAUAUGACGAUACCUAGAAUAAACUUCCUACAAAAAUAUCAAUCUCCAAUGUCAAAUCCUUCAUAUGAGUAAAAAUCACCAAGGCAACACUGUACAAUACUCCGAAAACUACCAAAUGGUCAAAUAGAAUCAUGUUGUAUACAUACUCAGUAAAAUCAUGGGCUUUAUCUAAUCGAAUUGAAAGCCCAUGGUAA